AUGAGCGCUGUUCGUAGAGCGAGUCGCUCUGGGGCUCGUCCUUCACCGUAUGCCAGACCUCCGUCGAAGAAAUCAUCAUGGUCCAUUUCAAGUAUUCUUAGCUAUUUGAAUCCUCUCAAGUCUCGCGUUUGCGAAGAGAUACCUAUCGUGGCAGAAGAUGCAGAUGAGAGUGAUUACAAUCCUGAAGAACACGGCCAGUCGCCAGCAGAAGCGCUCUCUACACGCGGACAUCAACUUUCUCGAAAACUGAAGACGCAAACCCUUGACAGCCAAAAUCCAUCUCUACCGACUCGACAGACACUCGGCAAUCCUCUCCCUCCACCUUCGGUGGCCCAACAGCCUGAGGCGAACCAGGACCUAUUUGUCGAACCUACUUCCGUUUCACAGGGCAUAGAUAUAGUCACCUCUUUCCUGGACUCACAUCGGGAUCGACAAAUCAGUUCCAUUGAAGCCGAGGGACUGAUAUCCUUACUCAAAAAAAGCACUGCUGAAACGCGUGAGCCCUUCCGAUUUUCGAGUAGCACUCCCUCGACACCGCAGCGGGGAAACUCACCUCUGUAUGCUUCAACCAACUCGACCUCAGUUCCCUUCCGAUUUUCUACCCCAAUGGAAACGCCCAAUCAAAUAUCCAACAGUACAGUACCCAAGCUUCUGAAGCAUAAUCCCAAUGGUACUUAUCGAUGGCAAGGUGGCGGCAGUGCCAAACCUCGAAGCCGUAACCGCUAUCAAUCUCCGGCAUUCGGUUCUUCACGGGCGACUUCUGAACGUUUGGUGUUGAAGGAAAGUCCCGAAAAGGUCAAAACAGACACGAAGCGACGUCGUGUAGGGGCCGACGCUGAAACGUCGUCAGCAUCACCUAGCGGCGCGACCUCAACGCAAGCACAUACACGUUCACCUGCACCUGCACCCUCUCCAACAAGGACCUCACAAGCCCCACCACUUCCGACGCCGAGUGUAAACGGCAUCGCGCCGGAUUCUAGUCGAGGCAAUGGAGUAUCCGGCGCCCUUCCUUCAUCCCUAGGCGGCCUUCGAACCUCGGCCAUUCAGAAACCAACAACACCAGUCGUUCCAUCUCCACUGAGACAGGCAUGGGGACAGUCAUCUCCAUCAACUUCAGACGGGGAAGGGUCACCGGCCCCCCCACAGAAACGUACGAAAGCCGCGAACUUCAUGUCUGAACUUAUCACGCAAGUGACUACCAGCAAACACCUCGAAGUCAGUAAUCCGUAUCAAGCGGCUAGUCCUGUGAAGGUUACUGGUCCAGCAAAGCCAAGGAGUAGGAGAAUUCGCGCCGGUAAGGCCAAGGUGGACGUGAACGGUGCUGAGCCAGAAGGACAAGCUAGGAAAGAGGCGGAGAGAGAAAAGGAGACGCAGAAGCAGAAAGAAGUCGAAAAGCAGUAUUCUGCUCAAGCGAUAAUUGAGGCUACCUUACCAAAGGGAAGCAAGCGUUCUCGUCCGCCAGCGAACUUGAGUAACGGAUCAGUGAACGGCACCUCCAGGAUAUCGACCUCCCAGUCGCCUCCCCCCUCUGACACCCACGAGACACAACCCAAUGCAACUGGCCGUUUUGCGGCUCACAUUGAAGAGGUUGAGGAUGAAGAGGAGAAGAUUAGAAUCCCCAAGAAGUCUAAGCCCAAUGGACAUGAAAGCUUGGCAAACACCCUCAAAUCUGUUCCGACUAUUGAGGAAAUUGCUGGAGAUGAACUCUCUAGCAGUGAAACAGUAACUCAGCCUUCGGAGGUGAUUGAGCCCGGCAAUAGUAUUCAGGGAAAACCACCAUUCUCCUUCUCUAAUCAUGGGCUAUCAUCCAAACCAGGUCCUCACAUUUUCGGAAUGCCCAAAUCUAUCAGCAUACCCAAAGAACCAUCGAAGUUAAGGCAGAGUUUCAAAGCUGAUACACCGCCGGCUUCGUCGACCUCCUUCCCGUCGUCAUCAUCUCCAUCUCCGUUCUCUUUCACCGCCGCUCCUCUCCGCUCAUCCCCAACUGUUGCUUCUCCGCAAUCAGUUUUGGAGUCGACUUCCAAGUUCGAUCCUAAACAAUCUGCACUGGAUGAGCCGGUCCCGUCACUACCGAUAUUCACCUUCACAAUGCCGACCUCCCUGUCAAUGAAGGAAGACGAAACAAUGGCCAAAAUCAAAAGCGCUCCUAUAUCUUCUCUCCCUAAAUUCGACUUCGACAUCCCAGCAACUGACAGUAAUAGCAGUUUACCCACCCCUCCAUCAUCGCAACCCAAGUCAGAGCCGGUAAAGGCAUUCGAUUUUGAGGCAGCAGGCUUGAAACCUGCACCUAAACUUGCACCAGGCUCGUGGAUUUGUCAGUUGUGUGGGUGCUCGAGUGAUGCCUCAGCGACUAAAUGUAGCGUUUGUGAGAACCCAAGGUAG